UGAGUGCUCUUACCCCGCGGUGGACACUUUACUUGUGCGGCUGUGAGGUAUUUGUCUGACCGCGCCGAGGUGUUUUUGUUGUCUCAUCUCAACUCACUUCUCGGAGCCUGCGGGUCGAGGUUUGGAUCGUGUCAGCGCAGCAGCAGCGGCGGCACUCGGCUAGGCUAGGCUAGGCCUGAAUCCACCUCGCAGACACUUAUGGACUUGGAAAAACACGCCUAACAUUCUCCACAGUCGAACGGCCGCAUUCCUUGUGAUGCAGACAUAGAGAGGCUGACACUGAACGAGGGUUACAUCAACGGGUCACAUCACUUCAGGAUGGAGCCUGGCCAGGUGGUGCAGGAGACGUACACGGUGGAGGAAGACCCCCAGGAGUCGCCACCUGUUGUCUCCCUGGAGACCAAUGAAGAUGGGACCACGCGGCGCACAGAAACCACGGUGAAGAAAGUAGUAAAGACCACCACCACUCGCACAGUCAUCCCCUCCGUAUCAGACACACUUUCUCUGGAUGGUGGGGGUUCAGUGACAGGCAUGGGGGGCUACACUGCACCCAUGGUCUACAGGCAGGGACCUGGAGCUGGGGUGCCCAUGGACUACCCCACUCACACUGUGCCCCGCAACUACCACUACGGACCACCAGGGGGAUAUGACGACUACCGCACUGGACCCCCAUCUGAAACCUACGCAAGCCUUAACAGGGGAGUUCGCAUGGAUGAUCGCUACAGGCCGGUCCAUCCAGAUGGUUACAGAACUCUGGAUCCAAGCUACAGAGCCCACAGCAGGAACCAGCUGGACCCCUAUGCUGCUCAGCCACAGGUUGGCCGUAUGGGAAGUGCCAUGGAGCUAUCCUCCAUUCCGAGGUUUGUCCCAGAGCCGUACGGUCUGGAGGAUGAUCAGCGCAGCAUGGGCUAUGAUGAGCCAGACUAUGGAUUGGGACACCCCAUGCAUUACAGCACCGUGCCCCGCAACCACCAUGCAUUCCCCCAUGGGCCCCCGCGCAGGACUGGGAGUUACGAGGGCACCUUGGAUGGUGACAUGAGCGGCCCAGGGGACAUGUACUACUGGGGAGGAGGAGCACCCCUGGCCCAGGGUGAAAGAGGUAGCAUGGCUUCGUUGGACAGCACUCUAAGGAAAGGCCCCGGCCCCAGUGGCUGGCGUCAACCAGAGCUGCCCGAGGUCAUCGCCAUGCUCAACUACAGGCUGGACCCCGUCAAGAGCAACGCAGCUGCAUACCUGCAACAUCUUACCUAUAAGAAUGAUAAAGUGAAGUCUGAUGUGCGUCGUCUAAAAGGCAUCCCUGCGCUGGUCUCUAUGCUUGACAACCCAAACAGAGAGGUUCACUAUGCAGCCUGUGGAGCACUGAAGAACAUCUCGUAUGGCAAAGAUCCAGACAACAAGAUUGCCAUCAAGAACUGUGACGGAGUGCCUGCUCUGGUCAGGCUGCUGAGAAAGACCCGUGACCAGGACCUAACUGACAUUAUCACAGGGACACUGUGGAACCUGUCGUCCCAUGACUCUGUGAAAAUGGAGAUAGUGGACCACGCGCUGCACGCCCUCUCCGACGAGGUGAUGGUGCCCCAUUCAGGCUGGGAGCGAGGGAGCAACGGAGCAGGGGGAGGGGAGGAGAACUGCAAACCCAGACAUCUUGAGUGGGAGACAGCCCUCACCAACACAGCAGGCUGCUUGAGAAAUGUGAGUUCGGAGCGCAGUGAGGCGAGGAGGAAGCUGAGGGAGUGCACAGGAUUGGUUGAUUCGCUCAUGUACAUCGUCCAGUCCCAGAUUGACUGUAAAGACGUCGACAAUAAGUUGAUAGAGAACAGUGUGUGUCUGCUGAGGAACUUGUCCUAUCAUGCGCAUCGCGAAAUCCCCGGCUGUGAGCGCUACCAGGAGGCCGCACCCCUCAACCAGGGCCCCGCCCCCUCCAGCCAGAAGGGCGGCUGCUUCAGCUCCCGCAAGAGCAAAGAUGAGUGGUUUUCCAAAGGUAGGAAAGAUGAGGAUGCAGCUGCAGACAUAAUAGACAUUCCAAAGAGAACCACACCUGCUAAAGGCUAUGAGCUGUUGUACCAGCCGGAGGUGGUACGCAUCUACACCUCCCUGCUAAAGGAGUCCAAGAACCCCACUGUGCUGGAAGCCUCAGCUGGAGCCGUUCAGAACCUGUGUGCUGGACGCUGGACUUAUGGGCGCUACAUCCGUGCCUUGCUGCGCCAGGAGAAGGGUCUACCCAUAAUGGCUGAGCUGCUGGCCCAUGGCAACGACCGUGUAGUCCGCGCCAUGUCUGGAGCCCUCCGCAACCUGGCCAUUGACGCACGCAACAGAGAUCUACUAGGUAAACACGCGGUGCCUCACCUGGUGGCCAACCUGCCUGGUGGUGGUCAGAGUCAACCGGUGCGAGCUCUGUCGGAAGAGACGGUGGUGUCGGUAUUGAGCACACUCCAUGAGGUGCUGGGCUCCAGCCUGGAAGCAGCAAAGAUCCUCAGGGCCUCACAGGGAAUCGAGCGACUGGUGCUCAUUAACAAGGAUGGUAACCGUUCUGAGAGGGAGGUACGUGGGGCCGGCCUGGUGCUGCAGACAGUGUGGGGCUACAAGGAGCUGAGGCGCACUUUGGAGAAGGACGGCUGGAAGAAGACGGACUUCAUGGUCAACCUAAACCCUCCCAGCAACAACACCAGGGCCAACGGAGGAUAUGAGGACAGCACUCUGCCGCUCAUAGACAAAGGGGGCAAAGGGGACCGGGAAAUGAUUCCAAUGAAUGACUUGGGACCAGAUGCCUACUCCACACUGGACCAGAGGGGGAGAAGGAACACUCUGGAUAACACACUCGAACCUGCUGACAAAGACGCAGUACAGGGAGGGAUGUAUGGGGAGAGGCAGGCCUCUUUGCCUCUAAUGGAUUCUUACGAUGGUUAGGCUACACCCACUGUCACACUGCAUGUCAGCGCAUGAAAAACUGAUUGUGUGCAUUACAAGACGACAGCCUCCUCCCACCUACUGCCCAUGCUGAACUGACAAUGGGGGACCACUACACUACCGAUGGGACUGAACUCCAUCCUAAACACUCAACUCUUCUGUCUCUCUUCGCUCUUUUGCAGCUUCUCUUCUUUCUCUCUUUGUUACAUUCCUCCAUUGCAGCUAACAAACUAUUGAAACCACAUGGAAAAAACUGACAUGGAUCUACGCUCCCUGUGGACAAACUGGACGAGACACUAUGACCACUUUGUGCUCUGCGCAUGCUUGCGCUCCAAAACACUAACCACUCGAUCAGAUGCCAUGGCCACAGCCCGACAUCUCCACGCAACAACGCUACGACUUGCCUGGACAACACUAAUUCUCUCUGUGACAAAAAGCAGAGACUGUGGCUUCAUCUGAGAACUUUUCUAUUUCUUGGAGGUUGGAGCGUAGAUUUAGACUAAUUAAACUAAUUAGAACUAUGAGGAUCAGAACACUUUUUGGUGAAACUUUACAUAAAUGGCUAUCACUAUGUUUCGAAGAUAUUGAGGGAAUGCCAUUUUUUGUUCUCUCUGUCUCUCUCUAAUGUGAAAUGCUACAAUAACAACAACAAAAAAAAUUCCUACCAUUGACAACCAAUGAUUAAUGAUCUAGUCAGAUAUGUGUAAAGCUUCUGCUUCUGUUUUGGUAGUGGCUAUUCUUCUUGCUUUGCUCUGUACCACAGUAAUGCACAUGUGCCAAAUUACACUGCUACUGCUGCAACUGCCAAUAUUGAACGCAAGACUUUUUACAGCCGCUACACUGAAAACUGUCAUCUGCUUUGUUUUGUGCGCAGUUUGUGUCGGUGACAGUCCAUCAUCAAGAUGCAUGGGGAUGCUGCAUUUUCUGUAUUUGAUUGUGAUCCAUAGAUAUAAGAGUGGAGGUCCUAGUAUGGACAUUCCUACAGACAGAAAUAGCGAAAUUAUUUUCCAGCUCUUUGGAAUAGACAAUAUAGUCUGUCUUGUGUUCCUAAAGUGAUGUUUCUGUUAAAUGUAAGCCCUUAACUUUGUAAUUCUUGGGAGAGAUCACAGGAUUAAGUGGGUUCAUUUCCUUUUAUCUACAGGUCUGUAAUCUUAUGAAUGAAUGUGUACAUACAAGACUGUCUCCAAGAGCAUCUGUGUGGGCUAACUGGAGUGCCUCACUCAUUCAGGAUCGGUCUGAUGGGUUUGUCCAACAUGACAGGGUUAACCAAUCAAGGUGUCUUUUCUCAGUGGGUAACUAGUUGGGAAUACUGUAUAUGGAACUCAUCAGUUUUCUAUUCCACAAGAUAAUGGAAUAUGUGAACUUGUUUGUAUGUAAGAGUUGAUUCUUGUCAUUGGGAUUGAUUUUUUUAUAAGGUGUAAAACUCGAGUUCUGUACAAUUCACUGCUACCCAUAGCCUACCUGGCUUUAAGACUACAGAACAGUACAUGGGAGAAGACACAGUAUUGUCUGUUUUUUGCCCGCAUUUCUUAAGUACAGCGCUCGUUCUGUAGAAGAAUGCAUAUUAGUGCCGAGUGAGAUGUAGAUACUUACUGAGUGGAUGAUUAAAAGAAGCACUAGGGGGGUAUAAUGUGUGUUUUUUUUCCCUCUUUUUUUUUUUUUAAAAAAACCUUUCCUUUAUUUGUUUUCCAUGCCAGUUAAAACACGACAGACGAUGCCUCGUUUUCUCAAAGUAACCAGUUGCCUUCAAGAGUGGACUGACUAGAAGAGCUGAAUAGAGGAGAGAAAGGGUUUGUGUUAGAAAAUCUUAAGGAGGCCUAGACCAGAAUCUGCUAUUAGGUUAAGUGGAGAAAAAAAUAAAAGCACAUUUAAACUAUAUGUACAAGAGAAUAUUUGUUAAUUUUAAUGGUUUUAUGUAUUUUUUAUUUUGAUUUGGGUUUAAUUGUUUUGGGUGCUCUGGGUGAAAGCAUAUGCAAUCAGUUUUUAUGUUUUGAUUGAAAAAAAUCAGUUCAUGUCUUAAUUAAAUGCAAAACAAGUUAGCUAAAUAAAUUCCUCCAACACAGUCAUCAGAUACUCGAACACUAAUGGAAAAAUCUGAUUCUGGACUACACCAUAAUCUCUUUGCCUUGGCUCUUAAAGUUGCACAUUCUCAUUUAUGAAUGAAUUAUGUAACUAGCAAUACUGUUUUUAAUAAAAAAGAAAAUGAUUUCUCA